AUGACCAUACAGCUCCCAAAGGAACUUCAGCCGGACUGCUGUAGUAUCGUUGAAUGGGCGCUGUCUGGUCAGUACGACCCGACGAAGCCAGUAUUGAUCGAUGCCGUCGAGUCUGACCCACCACGUUCUAUAUCCAAGGGAAAGGCUGUUGAGCUCAUUGCGUCUCUCGUUGGGGCUUUUGAGAAGAACACAACGGUGUGCCUUCAUCUUGCAAACGACAUCCUUUACCCGAUCUUGGUGCUGGCCAUCUACGGUUCGUCAUGCCGCUGGACAGGCACAAACAUCGCCUAUACGGUUCCUGAACUGGAGCAUCAAGUUCGAGUCUCCGACACAAAGUAUGUCAUCACGAGAGAGGAGCAUCUGGAAACUGUGCGCGCCGCUGCUGGCUCAGCAGAAAUUAUUCUCUUCACCGAUAUCUUGUUCGAACCGAGUCAUGGAAGCAGCACUUCAACUCAUGAAUUCCGAACUCUUCGUGACCUCCAGAGAGAGUCAAGUGUGGAGAUCCUGUAUGCUACAAUCCGUGCUAUUGAUCUUCAAUCUGUUUCUACCCUCGCAUCGACGUCAGGUACAACUGGUCGACCGAAGAUGGCCGCACGUACGCAACGGUCUAUGGUGCUUGAGAGUACCGCGAUAGAGGAAUAUCCUAAACCCUAUCAAGUGCGGCGGCUUUACUGCACCCCCAUCUUCCACGGCUUUGCAGCCCCAGAAAUGAUCAUCAAUGCUCUGCGACUCGGCAUCCCAUCCUAUUUCAUGAAACGCUAUGAUGAUGUCUUAUACGCUCAAAAGAUCCAGGAGUUCAACAUCACAGAGACCUUUGCUGCGCCACCGAUGAUGGUCAGGCUGAUAAACAACACACCCGACGCGCAGAAGCAGCUCCAAUCACUUCGCACGAUUUACAGCGGUGGCGCGGCGCUGGUUCCGGAGUUGAGAGCUAAAUUCCUCAAGCUUUUCGAUCAGGCCAACCCUCCGCGAAUCACUCAAGUCUGGGGUAUGAUGGAGUGCGGCUGGAUGACGACUUUCAGGUAUCCCGAGAGCGAUGACACAUCCUCUAUUGGCCGCUUUCUGCCUGGUUGCGAGAUCAAGUUGAGUGCAACUCGCGAGACAUUGUCAAGCGGCCAGGAGGUUGGCGAAAUGUAUGCUCACAGCCCCUACGGUAUGUCGUGCUACUGGGGUAAUGCGGAAGCGACCGAACGAGCGUUCGAAGACAAGGAGCACUACUGGCUGAAAACGGGAGACAUUGGAUAUGUUGAGAACGGGAAAGUGUACGUGGUGGACCGUGAGAAAGACAUCUUCAAGGUCAAUGGCUUCCAGGUUGCUCCUCCCGAGCUCGAGGAUGCAUUUAUGGCAUUGUCUGACGUGAAGGAUGCUGGAGUCAUCGGGUCCGGUCCCAAUCUGGACUCUGAGGAGCAUCCGAUAGCGUUUGUCGUACGUGCUAAUCUAAAUGUUACCGCCGAGGAGCUGAAGCAGCAACUACGUCAGCGCCUUACUCGUUAUAAGGUAAAUUACUGCGAUAUUCGGUUUAUCGAUGCUAUCCCGAAAAGCGUAACCGGCAAGAUUCUUAAGAAUGAGUUGCGCAAGCUCGCUAUAUUAUGA